AUGGAUGUGUGUACUGUCACCGAUCGCAGGAAAGGAAGCAGUGGUAGACGGAGGAGCGCUAGAUGCGACGAGAACAUCAGUCAAGUGAAGACCAUCAUAGAGGAAACACCACAGAGGUCCAUCAGAAAGGUACUGUCUGACAUGAACCAACAUCCAAGUAAAUCAUCAGUGCAAAGGAUUCUGAAAUUCGAUCUCAAAUUGACACCAUACAAAAUAUAUGUAAUGCAACACCUGAAAGAAAGUGAUAUUGCGUCGAGAUUAACAUUCACGAACUGGGUGCUGGAACACGACGACAUUUUGGACAGUGUGUGGUUCUCAGACGAGGCUCACUUCACAUUGAGUGCCCAAGUGAACAAGCAGAACAUGAGGUUUUGGGGGACAUCCAAACCAGACUUAUAUGAAGAAAAACCUCUGCAUAGUGACAAGGUAACUGUAGGCCUAUGGGCAGCUUUAAGCAGACAUGGGAUCAUUGGACCCUUUUUCUAUGAGUCGGCAGGCGAAACGGCUACUGUGACGUCAGAUCGAUACAUUCAAAUCCUCAGCAAGAGGUUCAUACCAGCACUGAGGAGAAAAGGACAUGAACUAAAUGGUGUGUGGUAUCAGCAAAAUGGGGCGGCACCCCACACAGCAAAUCGAGUGUUGACCUGGCUAGCAGACACUUUUGGCAAUAGGCUGAUAUCGUUGCGUACUGACAUUGAGUGGCCACCUCAUUCUCCAGACCUGAACCCGUCAGAUUUUUACCUUUGGGGCUACCUCAAGGACCGUGUUUACAUUCCUCCUCCAUCUAAUCUCCAAUAUUAUCCGGCCAGACACAUGCAGGAAUGUGGUGAGGAAUUUCAGGGACAGAAUUCAGCAUGUCAUCGAAAAGAAGGGCGGACACCUCGAACACAUUCUUUGACUGAAAUUAUCAAUUUUCUGAACAAAUCGCAAAAUUAG